UGCGGCCGGGCAGCUUGCUGCGAAGUUUGCUGCUGACAUAGCCUACACGGCGAAGUGGGACGGCGUGCUGAAGGGAUCAGUGCGGUGGGGGGCCAGUCUUCAGGAGUUCCUCGAGCACACUGAUGUUGCGCCACUAUGGUCGAAGGUGUCAGGCUCCGAGAAAAAUGACGCCGUGCCCAUGGCGGGCAAUGACAGUUUUUUGCAGUCGGCUGACGAGCAGCUCGAUUCGUUUGUCUCCUUUGUCGCCAGCGAGGCCAAGGUCACUGUCAAAGAAAUGAAGGAUGAUGAUGCGUUGCAGGUGCGGGAUGCCGUCGACGAGUCGAAGACACUGGUGUCCAAGGUGCGUGGCAGCCCCAAAGCUGGCACUGUGCUGUUCUGGUAUGACAACGAAAGCAGCGGCGAACAGAGCUCAGACCCAAGGAGGUCGCUGACUCCGCUGAGGAGGGAACAGCUCGAGAAGACUAUAAUGGCUGCCAUGUCGAUCAGGGAGCCUGAGGCGCCCGACUGGGAUGCAGAUGAGGCCCCGGCGCUGUGCCCGCAAGCUUGUGAUGUCUAUAUCUUCACUGAUGGCGGGCGGUCCACGCAUGGGACCAACUUCACGAGCAUGUUCACCAAGACUGCCGGGAAUGUGGCCCAAAGGCGGGUGAACUUAAUCUACAGCGAAGAGGCCGUCACGGAGCACCGCAAG